GGCUCAGACAGCGCGAAGCACCGGAGAGCGAAGUCCGGGAGAUCUGGCGCCGCAUGGAGGACGGGACCGCGCUGCUGCUGCCGCCUCUGGCCGGCCUGACCGCCACGGCCGGGAUUACCGGGCUGCUUCUGUACAAGCUGCUCCGGAGGAAACGGCCGACACACGUGAAGGUGAACUGCUGGUUCUGCAGCCAGAACACUGUGGUGCCCUAUGGAAACCGAAACUGCUGGGACUGCCCCAACUGCGAACAGUACAAUGGCUUCCAAGAGAAUGGUGACUACAAUAAACCUAUUCCGGCACAACACAGCGAACAUCUAAACCAUCUGGUGUCCGGUGGGAGCACAAUUGCAGAAGCUACGAAGCCACAGCAAUGGGUGAACUGUGGGACGCUGCUUUGUAGGAAAUGUAACAAUAAUCAGAGCACCAAGAUAAAGCAGCUGGCAUCGUUCUUACCCAGAGAAGAGGAGCAAUAUGAUAAGGAGAUUGAAGUCUAUAAACACCACCUGGAGCAGAUGUACAAGCUCUGUCGGCCAUGCCAAACCGCCAUAGACAGUUAUAUCAAAUACCAAAACCGACAGCUGAGGGCCAUUAUGCUAAACCAACAGUUCAAGCGUCGGGAGCAGGACAAGACCUAUAUACAGCCCCAGAGCUCUUCAAACGCCUCAUUCAUUCGGAUCCCUACCAAGGUUGUCCUCCUGCGCUGCCUCGCAUUCCUGAGUUGCGCGUUCCUUGUGUCUGUUGCGUGGUGGGGCACAAGGGACCUUUUCUCUAUAAAAGACUCUACAAAUUUAGCUACUGAGGCCAGGAAUGAGUCUCACCCAGGAGAUGCUGGGCGGCUGUCUCUUAUUGAGAAAGUCAUUGGAGUUCUGCCAGAGCAUACACUGGAAAACCUGAACGAGGCUUGGUGCUUCGGACGCGACCAUCAAAUCGGCUUAGCGUUUCUCGGCCUCUUGACUUGUGUCUUUGCCAUGUUCCUUGCCGGACGUAUUAGGAUGCGACGUGUUGACGCAUUUGCCUCGUUCCUCUGGGUCCUAGUGACGGGACUCUAUCUAUCCGAGGUGUACUUUCUGAAGGAAACUCCAAGCUGGAUGAAGACAGUGAAGCUUGGCACCACUUCCUUGUGUUGCCUGGUCGGUCUCACCUCUGCAAUGGCAACAAAGAAAGCAGUUGGUCAACGGAGACAGCGUCCUCGAAGAUGUCUCUCUGGGGAUCCUCUGUCUUCGUUCAGACACAUGAACAGCACUAUAGUUCUUCCAGACCAUCCCACUCCAUUGCUGUCCACCCCGCCUGGUCUCCUGCAUCUACUGAGCCAACCGGCCUAUCGCUCCGAGCGCAGAGCGUCACCCUCAUCUCUACCCGGACGACUGAACAGAGCCCUGUCUCUUGGCACCAUCCCCUCCUUGGCACGGGCAGAUUCUGGAUAUCUCUUCAGCGGGAGCCGUCCAGCUUCUCGGUCUUCGGUGUACAAAGAAUCUCCUGGAUCAGAUUAUUUUUCCCUACUGUCCGGAAGCUGCGCAGUCUCUCCUCUGCCUUCCCCCACACCAUCAGUGGCUGGUUCUGCCACCUCCAGCUGCGGGUCAUUGCUCCACAGGCGACCAUUAAUCAGCCCUGCUCGCCUUAACUUACAUGGACAAAAACUAGGCCUCUCACUGAACAGGGCACCGACCCGGACCAACAUUGAUGAAGUGUACCACCCCGACAGCAGCCUCAGCUCCCAUGAGUUCACUCCUAAUAUUGCACAAAAUACCAUGAAACCUAUGACAGAAGCUGGCAGCAUAUCCAGUAAUCACAUACCCAAGAAGGAUAACUCCUCUCAUUCCUCUGCCUGUCAAGUAGAUUCCACCACAGCGUUCCCGGAAUCUCCAUCCAAGUGGAAAAGUUGUGGAGGGUUGUCGCUGACUGGCGUUUUCUUGGCCAUGAGUUUCACCAUGAACCUGGUGAUGAUCGUCUUCUUCUACCAAAAAGUCCUGUGACCUCGUAUGAAGUCCUCAUUUCACCUGGUGCUUUUGAUCCUGACGCUGUGUGAUCAUCUGGUUUUUUUUUAGUUUUUUUUUCCUGAUGUCGCCCAUCACUGGUGCUCUCUACUGAUUCCUGGACACAGGGUCAUGACUACUCCAAGACAACCAUUUGAACUAUCUCGCUAGACUCGGGGCUUUCAGCCCUCUUCACCUUGAAGCUGCUAUUGACCAUGGCGAAUGGAGCCAACCGCAUGUUCUGAUUUCUUCUGGGUGGAGCAGAUGGAUUUUACUUACCAUUUUUUGGUGAUCUGUAAAUAACUUAUUGUAUAUGUGUUUAUACGUCUUAUCUCAUUGUCUGCGUCUUUCCUGAAUGAUCUCAACACAAAGAUCUGUGAUUCCCAGUGGAUUUCCAGCAGAGCACUCAUGGUCUUAAGAUACUGAUGCACAGUUGGCCAAUUUUGGUGUUUUAAUCUGUACUUGCUGUAUGAUUCAGAAAAGUUGCGAAUUGCACCAAAUAUACCAUGCCACUUUUUUUUUUCUUUUUUUUAUUGUUUUACUAAUUUGGUGCAAUUUGCAUAAUUUCAUGAAUCUUAUGAGGCAAUUGUUCAAUUUUUCCACACCGUUCCAACUUGGAAGUUAAUGACAGACGGCCCCCAUCUCCCCUGUAGGCUGUAAUUAAUUCCUAUAGGAUGCUAAUUGCCUGCCUACUCCACACACAAUGGAUCCACUCCACAUAAAAUUUACAUUCUUGAUCCGGUCUAAAAAUUUGCAGUGAUACCCGGUUGUGUUAAAUUCUGAUUUUGGUGCAGAUUCAGAUACUGAUUUCACUUUGCAUAGCGGUGAAUGAAAUCUGUGAACAUGUAGGGCAUGCUGUGGAUUUGAAAAUCUGCUGUAGAUUUUUUGCACUGCAAAAAACAAGGAUCUCUCUGCAUUCCAGCAUUGCCGGAAGCAACCACAUCACCGUCCGGCCCCAUUUGCUAUCCGGCCACAGCCGGACAAAUACCGCUGCGUGCGGUGUCUGGCUGCUUCUUGGUAUGUUUGCCUUUUUGCGGCCUGAUCUCCACCAGUCCCUAUUGUAGUGAAUAGGGCCCGCGGGUGUCAGGUAGCAUCCGGCAGUGCUGGAUCCAGACAUCUCCGGCAGGCUGCUUCCUGUAAAACUUGCCUUACAUACAAUGUACUGUACUGUGUACGGAUUCCGCAACAAUUCUACGCCAUGUGAUCCCUUUAUUUAUUGGUUUUCAGGUUUGUGGCCACAAGCCACAGUUUACACAGGUAUUUCCAUAUUCCAAUGUGCAAACUUAUAAAACGGUUGCAGACGAUGAAACUUAUUCUGCGUGGAAUCCUCUGUGACAUUGCUUCUAUUUUUGCUAACCAUUUUUUGUUCCUGCUUCAUUGUAUCAGAAAUAAAAGAAA